UUUCUAGUAUUAUGCGAGGAUGCACAAUACUGUGCUAGGAUUGUCGUUGGCAUAGCAUGAUAGCGAGCGUUGUACUGGAUACCGAGCCACUGCAUCCAGGACACCACUCUCUCCAGAUAUACUGCCUGUAUCCACUUUCUCUCUAGGUAGCUAUUCAAUAUCUCCUACCUUAUAAAAAUGAUUCUAGAGCAUAUACUCGGCGCUUUGCAACGGCCUAUUGGGUCUGCCACCUUCUGGCCUGUCAUCACUCUGGUUGUGGCAGUAUACGUCGCACGGCUGAUUCGCCAUGCAUUUUUCACCCCACUUGCCCGCAUCCCCAGACCGUUCAUGAACAGGCUCUCCAAUCUUCCGCUCAUGUACAAGCUUUUUUGCGGGCAGUACCAUUCAUACUCUACUGAACUCCACGAGAAAUACGGCGAGGUGGUGCGCAUCGGCCACGACCAUAUAUCUCUAUCCAGCACCUCCGAUACCCGCCUUGUUCUUGCCACCCAUGCAUUUCGGAAGGGUCGCAUGUAUGAGGACAUUGUUAACUGCGGUGCUGUAUUAGAUACAUUCUCCACAACCGAUCCUGAGAUCAACAAGCUCCGUCGACGCCAGAUAGGCGAUGCGUUUUCGAUGCGCACGAUGUGUAACGUCGAGAGUCUGGUGGUGGAUACAGGAGUCAGCUCGCUCAUGAACACGUGGGACAGCGAUAUUUCCAAGCAAGGAGAGGCAGCUAGAGUCAACUAUUUCUACUCGUUCCAUUGCAUGGCUACGACGUCAUCGGCGAGCUGUUCUUUGGUGCAAGAUUUACCACUCUGAGAACCGGCGUCAUGGCCAUUAUUGACAUGGUUCACGACACAACAGGCUUUUCCAUAUUUGCAGGACAGGUUCCACUUGUUGCUGACAUUCCAUGGAUCCUCAGACGACAGGCAA